GCCAGUUCUUUCUCCUCCCUCGACCUGUCCUAUUCAGCCGCUCUUGUCAAUUGCCACCAGUCCUGCCCACUGCGCCCAAACUCGCCUAGGACAGCAAUCGUCGCGAGGAGAAAAGAAGACGAAGAGAAGUAGAGAGAAGAAAAAAUAUCCCGAAAGCCCAUCCCCCCACGCCUCCGAUACUGCCGCUUCCAACCCAGCCCCUUCGGACUUCCGCCCUUUCGCACUCGCAACCCAUCCAGACAAACCACAACCAUGUUCGCCACCAGGAUUCUUCGCCAGGCAGCUGCGCACGCCGAACGCACUCCUUCUAUUAAGUUCAUUGGAAAGCGCACGAUUCCCGCAUCCAUCGACCACACUCCCAAGCCUCAUCCUGCAUCUCCGACUCAGUCGCUCCCGGCCUCCUUCACCAGCGGCUCCUCCCACUCCUCCUUCAGUGUCUACCGUGACCACGCUCAGCAGUUCGGUCCCCUGCGCAAGACCAUCAAGGCGGAUGUGGGCAUCGGCGGAGCUCGUGGUUCUCAGCUGGGGCCUGUUAACCCUCCCGAGGGCGUCUUCUUCGACCGCAAUGAACUCCCGGCACGCUUCCGCCGUCAGCCUCUGAGCGCUGCCGAGAUCGAGGCCAUCGAGACGGGCGGCGCUACGCUCUUCGCUUGAGCUAAUUUCACGUCAAAUCGAUACAACUUAGGUCUUCAACAGCAAUAUUUUGGCGGUCGGGUGGGUUUCGAUUUCGCGAGGUUACUCCCUCAAGUGCAGGAGGAUCUUCGCGGAUUCUGGACGGGCGUCAGCAUUUACGAUACCAAUGACCCACACAAGACACGCGCGCCUGGGCUGGCAUCACGCAUGGCAGCGGCAGCGGCGUGAUGACGGGACGCAUAUGAGAUGAGCAGGGGCGCAGAGGCGCAGAGGCGCACAGGCGGCAGGGUGCCGCACAUCCCUAGAGCACUGGCUUAAGCCGGAUUGUGGCAAACGCGGCGAUUCUUUUGUUGUAUUCCGGACUGGUUGGCGCAGGCGUCUGAUGCUCUGGCUCGAUGUAACUUGUAUGUGGGAUUGGGCAACGGAGAUGCAUUACAUGGCGCAUACCCUCAUGUUGGGAUGGCUGGCCGGGAAAUGUCAGCUUUUUUUUUAACAGUUUAGGAAAUGAACAUUAAAAGAUCCCACUUCGCUACGUGCCG